CAGUUUUCCCACAACGUUGCUCCGUCUAUACGUACAGAUGCUUCGGAGACUUGAAGAGAAGCUGACCUUCGGGCAAGAAGAUUGCGCCGAUAGUGCUGCGCACUGCCUCAUGCCCACCGGUCUUGACGACGCACGGAAACAUGAAGGGGUUAUGCAUGCUCGACUACUAUGCCCGCGCUGCGCCUGCCCUUGACAUGCCUCCAGACAUACUUGUAUUUUACUCAAUAUUGCAAGGAAGACGGUCGUGGACUCAAGACACUGGUUGUUGUUGUCGUCGCGGCCGACUCCUUUCACGCUGUUCUACUCGCUAUGGCCUACUACCAUUACACGGUCACAAACUUCGGUGACUAUGUUGCGCUGCAGAAGGACUAUUGGAGCUUAUCGGUCCAGGUCGGCGUCGGGGCUGUCGCAGGAUUUCUUGUACAAUCUUUCUUUGCCUUCCGGCUGUACAGGUUAAGCGAAAGAAGAAUCAUCAUACCAAUUGUGAUUUGCGCGUUGGCCCUCUUUCAACUAGCGUCUUCAACAGCGUACACCAUCAUCGGUUACAAGGAUGAAAUCGUUGACUCGAUGGCAAACGGGGCAAGGGCAACCAUAGGGUGUAGUCUGGCAGCGAACAUUGCUUGCGAUCUGGUCAUUGCAGCUGCCAAUGUUUACUACCUGGAGAUUCGACGGACGCUAUCUCAGAGGACAAACAAAGCUAUCAAGUUGCUGAUCGUAUACAGCUUGAAUACAUAUGCUCUUGCAACUGUGUUCACGCUCGUAUGUCUUAUCACGUGGUUGGCAUGCCCCGGCCUCGUCCAUGCUGCCCUUGAAUUCAUCUUGUUUACCCAUGUUCCCUUCUUUCUCUUCUCAACUCGCGAGAGAGUAUCCGGCGGGCGUUGGAAGGACGAACAGACACGCGAAUGUCAUUUGACGUUUCUUCGAUCGCUUCGCAGGACACGCUCUUCGUCGAGGUAGAGCCUCGAGUCAAUGCAAAGCUGUCGCAAGAUCCUGAAUCGAUGCCGGGAAAGGCGAGCUCUGACGGAUGUGAUUCACACGACAAAGUUCAUAGGGAUGCGGACUCAGAGGUA